AUGUCGCCGGACACAUUCUCCAGAACCACACGGGACGGCGGGGGCGGGGCCAUUUGUGAUGAGUUUGAUUUUACCUCGGCCUCCAUUUUGUGCAGCGGCAUCGGUUUCAGUACUCCUGGUACUCCUUGUACUACUGGUACUCCUUGUGCUACUGGUACUCCUGGUACUACUGGUACUCCUUGUACUACUGGUACUCCUGGUACUCCUGGUACUACUGGUACUCCUGGUACUACUGGUACUACUGGUACUCCUGGUAAUACUGGUACUCCUGGUACUCCUGGUACUACUGGUACUCCUUGUACUACUGGUAUUCCUGGUACUACUGGUACUACUGGUAAUACUGGUACUCCUGGUACUGCUGGUACUCUUGGUACUACUGGUACUCCUUGUACUACUGGUAUUCCUGGUACUCCUGGUACUACUGGUUCUCCUGGUACUCCUGGUACUACUGGUACUCCUGGUACUACUGGUACUCCUUGUACUACUGGUAUUCCUGGUACUCCUGGUACUACUGGUACUCCUGGUAUUCCUGGUACUCCUGGUACUACUGGUACGACUGAUACUCCUUGUACUACUGGUACUACUGGUACUCCUGGUACUAUUGGUACUACUGGUAUUCCUGGUACUCCUUGUACUACUGGUACCACUGGUACUCCUGGUAAUACUGGUACUCCUGGUACUACUGGUACUCCUUGUACUACUGGUAUUCCUGGUACUCCUGGUACUACUGGUACUCCUGGUACUCCUUGUACUACUGGUAUUCCUGGUACUCCUGGUACUACUGGUACUCCUGCUACUACUGGUACUCCUGGUAAUACUGGUACUCCUGGUACUACUGGUACUCGUGGUAAUACUGGUACUCCUGGUAAUACUGGUACUCCUGGUAAUACUGGUACUCCUGGUACUACUGGUACUCGUGGUAAUACUGGUACUCCUGGUACGACUGGUACUCCUGGUACUCCUGGUAAUACUGGUACUCCUGGUACUACUGGUACUCGUGGUAAUACUGGUACUCCUGGUAAUACUGGUACUCCUGGUAAUACUGGUACUCGUGGUACUCCUGGUACUCCUGGUACUACUGGUACUCGUGGUAAUACUGGUACUCCUGGUAAUACUGGUACUCCUGGCACUCCUGGUAAUACUGGUACUCCUGGUACUACUGGUACUCCUGGUACUACUGGUACUCGUGGUAAUACUGGUACUCCUGGUAAUACUGGUAAUACUGGUACUCGUGGUAAUACUGGUACUCCUGGUACUACUGGUAUUCCUGGUACUCCUGGUACUACUGGUUCUCCUGGUACUCCUGGUACUACUGGUACUCCUGGUACUACUGGUACUCCUUGUACUACUGGUAUUCCUGGUACUCCUGGUACUACUGGUACUCCUGGUAUUCCUGGUACUACUGGUACUACUGGUACGACUGAUACUCCUUGUACUACUGGUACUACUGGUACUCCUGGUACUAUUGGUACUACUGGUAUUCCUGGUACUACUGGUACUCCUUGUACUACUGGUACCACUGGUACUCCUGGUAAUACUGGUACUCCUGGUACUACUGGUACUCCUUGUACUACUGGUAUUCCUGGUACUCCUGGUACUACUGGUACUCCUGGUACUCCUUGUACUACUGGUAUUCCUGGUACUCCUGGUACUACUGGUACUCCUGGUAAUACUGGUACUCCUGGUACUACUGGUACUCGUGGUAAUACUGGUACUCCUGAUAAUACUGGUACUCCUGGUAAUACUGGUACUCCUGGUACUACUGGUACUCGUGGUAAUACUGGUACUCCUGGUACGACUGGUACUCCUGGUACUCCUGGUACUCCUGGUAAUACUGGUACUCCUGGUACUACUGGUACUCGUGGUAAUACUGGUACUCCUGGUAAUACUGGUACUCCUGGUAAUACUGGUACUACUGGUACUCGUGGUACUCCUGGUACUCCUGGUACUACUGGUACUCGUGGUAAUACUGGUACUCCUGGUAAUACUGGUACUCCUGGCACUCCUGGUAAUACUGGUACUCCUGGUACGACUGGUACUCCUGGUACUCCUGGUACUCCUGGUAAUACUGGUACUCCUGGUACUACUGGUACUCGUGGUAAUACUGGUACUCCUGGUAAUACUGGUACUCCUGGUAAUACUGGUACUCCUGGUACUACUGGUACUCGUGGUACUCCUGGUACUCCUGGUACUACUGGUACUCGUGGUAAUACUGGUACUCCUGGUAAUACUGGUACUCCUGGCACUCCUGGACCUGUGUUCAUAGAACUGAACACAAGUACAACUACACAAGGACCCCUGCCGGACCCCCUACCGGACCCCCCUGCCGGACCCCCUGCCGGACCCCCUACCGGACCCCCCUGCCGGACCCCCUACCGGACCCCCUGCCGGACCCCCUACCGGACCCCCCUGCCGGACCCCCGUCCCUUCUAG